CCCAAACUCCAUAACCUUCCAAGCUUCAUAUCUCUUUCAGUUUUUAACCAAAUCAAGUGAAAUCUAGGUCUAACUUAACUAAUUUUUCACGAACUUUCUGAUUUUGAGAAGAGAUUUACGAAAAACGAAGCUUUCUAGUCCGAAUCACAAACCCUAGAUCCGAAAAUUUUUGGGGGUUUUUGAAGUUUUUGUUUCACAAGCAUUCUAGCAUCUUCAAGCAAAGGAAAAUGGCACGAACAAAAGAAAAAACCAGAGCUAGUUCAUCCUCUUCGUCGAAGGGAAAGGGCAAACAGCCGGAACAACAUCCAAGGAAGAGACAAUACAUGGGUCGAGUUGAUGAGAGUGAAAGUGAGGAAGAAAUGGAGUUGGACCCGGUUGAAAAGCCAAAAUGGGACUCGGGUCCUUUGGAUGACCAACCGGAGGAAUGGCAGCCAACUUUAUAUCACGACAGUAUGAAUAAGUUGAAAAAUAAGGCAGCGGCAUUUAUAUGCGAGAGGGAAGUUCGGGAAGUUGAAUUUGGCCAGUUCGGUGUGUUUGACAAAUUCCGCGCUCUAGGAUGGGAGUUGGCACUUAGUUGUUAUGAUAAAGACAAAAACAACUUGUUCAUAACCGAAAUUCAAGAAUGGAUGGCAACCCUUAAGUGUAAUCAAUACGACAGGCCAUCACAAAUGAAGUUAGUUGGUGAAGUGCAUGGGAUUCCGGUGGAGAUGUCUUUUGAUACGUUGAAGAAGCUUGGGAAAUAUGACAGUCUUCCGGCUCGUGACUACAUGAUUCCGGACCUCGAUAACCUUUUGAUAAAGCCGGAGAAGCACCCUCGUUGGAAUGACAUGUUAGCAACGUUGUUUUUGCCCGGUACUUAUCAUGGAGUCUUGUAUCGGAAGAAUUUAAAAAUCGAAGCAAAGUUGUUGCUAGCAAUCUGCAUUUUAAAUGUCAUUCCGCGAAGGGGGGACAAGGAGCAAGUAAGGUUCCCGGAAGUACCCGUCCUCUAUUCGCUACUUACUGGGGCUCCACGUUUUCCAAUCCGAUAUCUGAUCAUGAACCACCUCUGGAUUUGACGAAAUAAGUUAGGAAGAGAUAUUAUCCCGUAUUGCCGAAUCAUCACGGGGUUAAUGAAGCGACAAAAGGCACUUACGUCAGAAGAUAGAGGGGCAACAAAAAGGCAUCAGCCUUUUACUUUAGACAAGUUGGGGAUUGGUUAGACUUACACGCAAUCGGAACGGUACCAUAAGCUCAAGUCGGAGGGGCAGAGAUGGAGAGCAUUAAAGGCGGGUGCAAGAGAUCUUUUACCGGGUGAAGAGGACGAACCCGAAAGUGAUGCGGAAGUCCCAAGUGGUGAUGAUGAUUAUGCGGACGAGCCGCAAGGAGGUGUAAAUGUGAAUGUGAAUGUGGGGCAAGGGGGCCCGGGUGGAGGAUAUGGUGGUGCCUUCUAUGACUACACGGAGCGUUCCUAUGAGCCCGAGUGGGCUUAUGAGAGCACUAUGCAAGAGGUUAUAGCGAAUCAACGUCCUCCGGCUUCCAUUUUCGAAUCAUGGUCGGGCUCGGAGCGGACGUUAUUUGAUCAAAACACGAUGAUGAGUGCAAGCAUAGAGCGUUCUUUGAAACAUAGUUUUGAGCGUCAAGAGGCGUGGAAUCGCACACAGGCGUAUUCCCAUGAAUUGGAGAUGAAUAACCGAUAGCAUGAUGACCAAGCUAGAAGAUUGCAUGCCGAUUGGCACGCCGGGCGGCCGGUGGUUGUGGAUCCACAACAUGUGGAUUAUGCGUCUCUACCACCUUACGAUGGUAGUGUGUCGUAUCCAACCCCGCCGCUCCAUCAUUCACAAUGGAUCGACCCGCGCCAGCAAGAAGGAGCUCAACAACAAGGUGGGAGUAGUAGCGGCUCAUUUGCAUUUGGAGUAUGGGAUGACAUGAUGUCUUCCAUUUUUGGACCUCCGGGACCACGCUAUUACUAGUCAGGUUGUGUUCCUUCCUUGUAUAUUUUGUGAAUAUUUAUUUGGUUUGAUAUGUUUAUGGUUGGGCGGUUGGGUGGCGUAUGAUUGUGAUGUUUUGUUUGGGUUGGUGGAAGUUGGCGGUGUGAUGUUUAAAAAAGAAGAAAAAUAUAAAAAAAAUAUAUAAAAUGAAAAAAAUCCAAAAAGAAAUUUGUGGUUUGAGUGUUGAGCGUUUGGGUGAUGUGAAAGAUGGUUAGUGAUCAAAUCCUCCUAAAACCAUACGUUGGGGUUAAUGUAUCCCAAGUGUGGGGAUGGGGGGAAAUUUUUGAAGAUUUUGAAAAAUUUUAAGUCAAGCAAAACAAUGUGAGAAUUUGAACACCCUAGAUUAACCCCAAUUGAUGCACCGACAACCCUUGAUACCCUUUUUAUUCUUGGUGAGAGUUGAAGCCACACUUGUACAUAAAUAAUGCUUAUCUUUGAUGAGAGUGGCAACGGGUGG